CUCCCCGCCCCGCCACAGCCGCCCGAGCGGAGCCGCCGCGGCCGGAGCCCGAUGCCGGGAGCUGCGCGCUGAGGGCGGCCCCGAGAUGGGGAUUCUCAGCAUCACGGACCAGCCUCCUCUGGUCCAAGCCAUCUUCAACCGCGAUGUAGAGGAGGUGAGGUCCUUGCUGAAUCAGAAGGAGAACAUCAAUAUACUGGACCAAGAAAGACGAACGCCGCUGCAUGCUGCUGCCUACCUUGGAGAUGUUGCAAUCCUCGAGCUCCUCAUCCUGUCAGGUGCUAACGUUAACGCGAAGGACACGGUUUGGCUCACGCCGUUGCACCGCGCGGCGGCGUCUCGCCAUGAGAAGGCACUUCACCUCCUCCUGAAGCACUCUGCAGACGUCAACGCCCGCGACAAGCACUGGCAGACCCCGCUGCACGUGGCUGCUGCCAACAGGGCCACCAAGUGCGUGGAGGCCAUCAUCCCCCUGCUGAGCACCGUCAACGUGGCCGACCGCACGGGCCGCACGGCGCUGCACCACGCCGUGCACAGCGGCCACCUCGAGAUGGUGAACCUGCUGUUGAACAAAGGGGCCAGCCUGAGCACUUGUGACAAGAAGGACCGCCAGCCCAUCCACUGGGCAGCUUUCCUAGGGCAUUUGGAAGUUCUGAAGCUGCUGGUGGCCCGGGGAGCUGAUGUGAUGUGUAAGGACAAGAAGGGCUACACCCUGCUGCACACUGCAGCAGCCAGCGGCCAGGUCGAAGUCGUGCGUCACCUCCUGAGGCUGGGAGUCGAGAUCGAUGAACCAAAUACCUUCGGUAACACUGCACUUCACAUUGCCUGUUACAUGGGCCAGGAUGCUGUGGCCAACGAGCUGGUCAACUACGGCGCCAACGUCAAUCAGCCCAACGAGAAGGGCUUCACCCCCCUGCACUUUGCUGCCGUCUCCACCAACGGGGCCCUGUGCCUCGAGCUGCUGGUGAACAACGGGGCCGAUGUCAACUUUCAGAGUAAGGAAGGGAAGAGCCCUUUGCACAUGGCUGCCAUCCACGGCCGCUUCACGCGCUCGCAGAUCCUCAUCCAGAAUGGCAGUGAGAUUGACUGUGCUGACAAAUACGGCAAUACCCCCCUCCACGUUGCUGCUAGAUACGGCCACGAGCUGCUAAUAAGUACUUUGAUGACGAAUGGUGCUGACACUGCAAGGCGUGGGAUCCACGACAUGUUCCCUCUGCACUUAGCUGUUCUCUUUGGAUUUUCCGACUGUUGUCGUAAGCUACUUUCCUCAGGUCAGUUGUACAGCAUCGUCUCCUCGCUGAGCAAUGAGCACGUGCUGUCUGCAGGCUUCGACAUCAACACGCCUGACAACCUCGGCAGGACUUGCCUCCACGCUGCUGCUUCGGGGGGGAACGUUGAAUGUCUUAACUUGCUGUUGAGCAGCGGUGCUGACUUGAGGAGGAGAGAUAAAUUUGGAAGGACUCCACUGCACUACGCAGCUGCCAACGGCAGCUACCAGUGUACGGUGACACUGGUGACAGCAGGAGGCAGUGUCAACGAGGCUGACUGCAAAGGCUGCACCCCCUUACACUAUGCUGCUGCUUCGGACACGUACAGGAGAGCAGAGACUCAUUCAGGAAACAGCCAUGACACUGAUGAGGAGCCGCUGAAGGAGUCCAGGAUGAAGGAAGCAUUCUUUUGUUUGGAGUUCCUGCUGGAUAAUGGUGCUGACCCAUCCCUGCGGGACAAGCAGGGCUACACCGCUGUCCACUACGCAGCAGCCUACGGCAACAGGCAGAACCUCGAACUGCUCCUGGAAAUGUCUUUCAACUGCCUGGAGGAUGUGGAAAGCACCAUUCCAGUCAGCCCUUUGCACUUAGCUGCCUAUAAUGGUCACUGUGAAGCCCUAAAGACACUUGCUGAAACCCUGGUGAACCUCGACGUGCGGGACCACAAGGGGCGGACGGCGCUGUACCUCGCCACGGAGAGAGGCUCCACCGAGUGCGUGGAGGUGCUCACCAGCCACGGCGCCUCCGCCCUGGUGAAGGAGAGGAAGAGGAAGUGGACCCCUCUCCAUGCUGCAGCUGCCAACGGGAACACGGAUUCCCUGCACCUCCUGAUAGACAGCGGGGAGCGGGCGGACAUCACCGACGUCAUGGACAUCCACGGCCAAACCCCACUGAUGCUGGCGAUCAUGAACGGCCACGUUGACUGUGUCCAUCUCCUGCUGGAGAAGGGAUCCACGGCCGACGCAGCGGACAAGAGGGGAAGGACGGCGCUGCACCGAGGGGCUGUGACGGGCUGUGAGGACUGCCUGGCUGCUCUGCUGGACCACGAUGCCUUCGUCCUGUGUCGGGAUUUCAAGGGCCGGACCCCGAUCCACUUCGCUUCGGCCUGUGGGCACUUGGAAAUCCUGAGGACCCUGCUGCAGGCAGCCCUCUCUACUGACCCUCUGGACUCUGUGGUGGACUACAGCGGCUACUCCCCCAUGCACUGGGCUUCAUACAGCGGGCAUGAAGAUUGUCUUGAAUUGUUACUUGAACACAAUCCAUUUGCAUACCUAGAAGGAAACCCCUUUACUCCAUUGCACUGUGCAGUAAUUAACAACCAGGAUGGCACUGCUGAAAUGCUGGUGGAAGCAUUAGGUGCCAAGAUUGUUAAUAGCAGAGAUGCCAAAGGAAGGACACCCCUUCACGCUGCUGCCUUUGCAGACAACAUCCAUGGUUUACAGCUGCUCCUGCGCCACCAAGCCGAGGUGGACAUGACUGACAAGCUGGGGAGGACCCCGCUCAUGGUGGCUUCUGAGAACGGGCACACUGCAGCAGUCGAGUUCCUGCUGUACCAAGCGAAAGCAAAUAUAACUGUGCUGGAUGUCAACAAGAACACAGCUCUUCACCUGGCCUGCAGCAAGGGUCAUGAAAAGUGUGCCUUGUUGAUCCUGGGGGAAACCCAAGACCUUGGCCUUAUCAAUGCAAGUAACAGUGCUCUGCAGAUGCCGCUCCACAUCGCAGCACGCAACGGGUUGGCCGCCGUGGUGCAGGCCCUGCUCAGCAGAGGGGCCACUGUGCUGGCUGUGGAUGAAGAAGGUCAUACCCCAGCCUUGGCGUGCGCCCCCAACAAGGACGUCGCCGACUGCCUGGCACUUAUCCUCUCCACCAUGAAGCCUUUCCCACCUAAAGACACCAUCAGCUCUUUCAGCUUCAACCUCCUCAAGAACUGCGGCAUCGCAGCCAAAACGGCGGCCUGCGGGGCUCUGCCCAACGGCAGCUCCUGCCCCUACGGCAAGGACCGGCCCAGCGCCAUCGGCUUGGACGGCUGUUACUCGGAGUAGCUUAAACUAUGGGUGACCUAAUAUCUUAUUAUAUUUAUUUAGAAGUUCUAUAAAUAUAGGGCACUUUAAAGGAGAACAAGACUGGGCAGGGCCUCCACGUGCAGCCGGGUAAGCCAAGAGUUCAGCGCUGCCUCUUCCCGCUGCGGUGCCGAAGCUGGAAGCGCCGGUGCCAUCCCCGGCCCCUUCUCAAGCCUCUCCCCAUCCUUGUCCUGCUGCGCUCAGGGUGGGAGGUGGGUGCAGAUGGGUUUGUGUCCCCCCCCCCGCCCCGACCUUUUGGUUCCUCCUCCUCCUCAACCUUUGGGGUUUGUUCCCCUCCUCGCUCCAUCCAUCGGGAUGGGGAAGCCUGAACUCUUGGUGGGAUGACGGGGAGGGAAUGGGCUGCUCUUGGGCGGGUGGGAGCUGCUGGCCGAGGGCCGCCGCUCCCUUUGCAAUCACUUCUCAAGCUCAUCCUCCCAUUCCAACACACACACACUUGAAUCCAGAUCUACUGUAGCUGGGACACUGAACUCCCCUUUAGGCAGCUCUCAUGGGUAUGCAACACGGGUGCUGCUGCCCGACCCCGUGCCCAGGCAGGCUACGGAUGCGCUGCUGGAGCCUCCCUCCCCUUUACCAGGCACUUUAGGGAUUCUGUUGGUUGGGUUUUGUUUCCUCUGGCCAAGGGUCAGAUCCAAGGAAUCGAUGCUUGUCCAAGGUUCCAUUCCCUGUUUCCGUGUGGCCGUUCCCGUGUUGCUUUUUUUUUAUUUAGAGAGAGAGAGAAAAAAAAAAAAAACAAAAAAAAAGUUAUUUAUAAAGAAAAGGAGCAUUUUCCUUGGGGGGAAAAAAAGCAAAAAACCAACAAAACCCAUAAAAAAAAAAAACCCUCCCUGCAAGUUUGGACCUUUUAAGAAGGACAAAAAAUGCACUUCAAAGCCCUUAGUCCCAACCCGGAGUAAAUCUGUGUGUAUUUUUCUACUGCAGCAUCGUGGCGUGUUUGUGGGGUGGUUGUGUUUUUCCUUGGGGGGGGGUUUGGAACUCGAGGACUCAGAUUCCCAAUGCAGCUUCGAGGCAUUGGAGAAUGUUGCACUGGUCGAUGUUAUUCCCUUGUUUUAGGGUUUUUUCCCCUCUUUUCUUUCCCCUUUGGGAUUACUGUAACAGUGUCACGUGCACAAAACAACCCUCUUGCUCCGUCUCACGAGUCUGUUCAAAGCCAAAGACUGGGAUGCAGAGACCUGGCAGGGCCACAGGGAUGGCAGGAAGCAUCUUCGCCCUUCCCAAGCUGGAGCCACCGCGGUGGGAGCCCUCGGGACGGGAGCAGGGAGCGGAGCAUCCCUGCAUCCCACUGAGCCUCCUCCUCCCAAGAGGAGCAGCCGUUCUGUACCCACGAGGAGCUGUUGCUCUCUUGUUUCUGGCGGUGGUGAGUGGUUCCCCAGUGAAGGUGGCUCCUCCGAAGGGUGGCUCUGUUGGGUUUAGGUUGUGGUGUGGCCCCUUCGCGCUGUUGCUUUCUUUGAACCAAAGCCAAACUCUUUCAAACCAAAUAGGACGUUUCAGUCUUGGCCUUUGGGUGAUGAUGAGCACAUUCCCUUCACCGUUCCCAGCUGAGCUCCCUCUUCCCAUCCCAUUCCCAACCCGCACUUUGUUCAGCAAAGCACUCGAGAGGUGGUGAGGUCCCGGCGCCCCCCCUUAUUCCCUGUAGCUUGAAAGCAAGUGUUGCCCUUUCUGCACCGAAUUACCUCAGUUCGGAUCCAGAAGAAACUUGAAUCAACUGAAUCCUUUGGGAAGAUCCUUUUCAGUAUUCUACAGAGGAGAACUGGAAACAGAGACUUGUUUACACUGAUGGAGUCCACCUCCUGCUCUUUCCCUUUCCAGGAGGAAUUUCAGCAUCGCUUUAUCUCUUCUUCUCGCUGCUGACCCAAACCCUCCCUCCCAGGGCAGGGAAAUGGGUCCAAAGUCCUGAGCCGCCGUCUCCAAGGGCUAAAGUACUUGUGCAGGCACACGAGGGGCCGAGCUGCUCCCGGCUCCGCGUUCGGAGCGGGGCAGAGCCCGGCAUGGCUCCGGCUCUCCCAUCCAUGCCCCUCAAGCCCUUGUCCUCAGCCUCGAGGGGCUUUGGCAGCGCUGGCCGGGACUCCAGCACCAUUUCACUUGACCCGGAGCCGGGGUGGAGCGUUGCUCAAUGCUGCUUUUCCUUCCCCCCCCCCCCCCCCAGCCCCUUCUUUGUUCCUUAGCAGUGGUAGUGUGGCUGUUGAGUCCUGCUGCUCAGAGGAGGAAGCUCAGCUCUUGUUGGCCUUGUUUCUGUGCUGCGACACGUUCCCUCCCGCUCGACGCGCCUAAAAACGAUGAGACAAUCAAUGUGAUCUCUGUAAGGGCUUCUCCACGCAGCUCCGUGCUUUCCCAGCCCUCCCAUGCUCUUAGUGAGGAUCUUCUUGCUCCCCUUCCCCUUUGGGUCUUAUAAAGAAGAAGAAUGAUGGAGGGACACGAGGUUCCAGCAGCGCAUCCAUGGCCUGGGAGCACAUGGGAGGAACGAUGGGGAGGGAGGGUGGGAAGAGAGGGGGGGACGUGAGGCCAGUUUUGGGUGCAGGUACCAGUCUUGUUCUCCUUUAACGCUGUAUUGUAUCCAUUUGACAGCACAGCUUGACAAUUUCAGUAAUAAUCCAAGUGUUUGGUAAUAAUGCAUUCUUUUUGCUCCACGAGAUUUGUGAUGGUUUCCCUGGUGCAUUGUGAAGAGGGGUGGAGGGAAACUUCCGGGGACACCCACCCACCCCACCCCCCCCAAAAAAAACCCUCCCUCCCCAAGGACCUUUAAUGCCAAAGUUGGACCAUUCCCGCUUCGCGUCCUGCCGGCGCCCGGCAGCGUUUUGCUGUGUAGCUCUCACCAAGCAGUGACUUUUUGGCUUUCCCCCCCCCCAUUCCCAAAGCUAUUCCAAGCUCUUGGAUCCCCGGCUCCCCCCUCCCCAACCUCGGAAACCAAGGAAGUUUCUCUCCGCCCCCUUGGUCCAAAGCACUUGCUUCAAGUAAUAAGCACUUUUGUUCGAGCAUGAGUCUGGAUUCCCUUUAGCAUCCCAUGGGAUAAGAGAGCAACCAAGAGCGGAAGGGAGACGAGAGUGUCUUUGGGUUUAUAUUUUUUUCACUUUUUAAGUUUAAAAGAGAGGAAAACCCACAUAAAAAAAAAAAAAAAAAAACCAGAAAAACCAACAAAACCCAGAAAAAGCAGCUUGUUUUGAGGGAGUGAAUGAGCAAAGGGAAAGGUGUGUUUCUGCGCGAGAGGAUUCCAAACCGAACAGCACAACUCCAUUUCAAAUCCGAGGUGGAUUUGCACUGCCACUGCUUGAGCACGGGGCCGGCAGCCCCGCGGCCCCGCUGAGCCAUAGAAACUGCUGACAAACACUGAAUGUAACGGCCGGGGGGGCCAAAAGGGGGGCUCGGCCUCCGUUGGGCACUGAAUGAAAUUCACCCUCCCAACGCUGAACCCGGGGGGGGGUCGGUUCGUUGUUGCUGGGCCCGAGCUGCAGGUGAUGUGAAACGUGGAUCUCUAGAUGGUUCCCCCCCCCCCCCCCCAUUCCCUUCUCCUCCCCUCGUCCUGCCCCGGGAUGGAGCGAGAUGGACCCUGAGCAUCUCCCUCAGCCCCAUCCCAGGGCUGGAGUGAGGUAGAUGGUAAAGUAGCACUAAAAGCAAAGCAAACCACCCCCCCCCCAAAAAAAAACCACGGAGCAAGGUUGAUGUUCCUGUUUGUUCUGACCGCUCGGAGCGAGGUGUUAGUGAGGAAUGAGAGAGACCCCGACACAACAACCCCCCCCCGGGACCCCAAAUGAAUCCUGGUGUUGGGGGGGGAGCUCCCGCUCCAUCCCGAGGGUCCCGUGGACCACAAAUGGGGGGACCUCAAUGGGAAUGUCGGGUGGGAUCCGGGCAGGCUCCCCUUUGCCUUCAGUAAGAAACCAAAGGAAAAACCAACCCCUUCCACUCCCGGCCACGCGGAUUUGGGGUUUUUUUCCUUCUUUUCCUUUCCUUCUUCCCCCCCCCCCUCCUUUUGUUUCUCUAUUUCUCUCCAAGGACACGAGGAGCUGUUCAAACCUCUUCUCCUGGCCCAAUCCUGCCGGGCUCAGCAGUGCUGGGUGCGUUUGCAAGGAGAAAACCCCCCCCAAAACCAACCGAGCCGGGAGGAGGCGGAAGCAUCAGCUUUGGAACGGGGAGGCGGAGGGUAACGUGUGUGCCCAGCUCGCAGCAUCGGGGCUCUGUAGUUAAACAUCCUCGGAUGAGGCUGGAGCGGGAUGGAGCCGGAGCACCCGAGGGUGGGGAAAGGGGGGGGCUGCAUCCCUAAGGACUUUGAAGGCAUCUUGUAGCGAGCUCUGUGUCUUUACGAUAUCCUGUGUGUAAAUGCUGCACCUCUGUAUAUUCUGCACGUCAACGUGUGUCUCGAAGCUAGGACAGACCUCACCACCCGUCAGGUAGCAACGACUCUCCCUCUGCCGUGUCGUCGUGUGCGUGCAAAGCGGUUUCGUGUGCGGGUCCGUGUGUCCGGGCGGUGGCUGCGUGUCCCGAGCAGGGGCCAAGGAGGGGAAACACAAGAGGAACAAAGCCUUACUCGACCCAGUCGUUAUCGAUAUUGUUCGUCAACUUGAAAAUAAUAAAGUGAAACGCAUGGAAACCUC